GUGAUACAAAGAGCACCACAGACAUGGAUAAGAAAACCCGCCAGACCCGGAGUUCUGGUAAGCUAAUUUCUGGUAACUUAAAUUUUUAUGGGUGACUUACGGAAAGGGAUAUUUUGUUUUGGGAAUGGCAAUCUGAUGCUUAGAUCUCUGGCCCGCCCGCAUAGUUCAAGUUGGUUUUUUACUCAAUUGUUUUUAAAAUAGAUUUUCCCUUACACUAAUUGUGCUAUCACUCUUAAAAAAAUGAACAAAGCAACAACUCCAGCCAUGCAUAGUUCUUGUAAAAAUAAUUAAAAUUAUGUAUUAUCUAUCGAUAUUUCUUUGAAAAAUGUUGAUUUUCAUUCAAUACUGAUUUGGGAGAAAUUAGAAAUAGUGUAAAUAAUCUAUUAAUAUUUGUUUGUCCCCGUGUAAUUUGAGGUCCAUAUGUAUAAGAGACCUAGGCCUAUUGGCCCCCAUGUAGUUGGAGGACCAUAUGUAUAAGAGACCUAGGCCUAUUGGUCCCCAUGUAGUUUGAGGUCUAUGUUUAUAAGAGGCCUAGGCCUAUUGGCCAAAGCUCAUUCCCGCCUAAGAUACGACCUGACAAGCAAGACCAUCUUUUUCCCAGGGAGUUCUCAGCCCACCAGCAAGAAAGCCAGUAUCCUUUCUCGUGCAGCAACGUCCUCUUCGCCGGCACCGCACUCACAACCACCAGCAACACAACAUCUGUUACCAGCGUCUCAAUCGCAACUAUCAGGACCGCAGCAGCAGCAGCAGCAACCACAUCACCCACAAGCUCCGGCAUCCGCUGGCUCCACCAUCACCACCCCCACCACCACCACCACAGACGUGCUUGUAUACAUAAGAGGACAGCAGAGGGACCAGCCCCUGGCAGCACAGCUGACCCUUACGCAGCAGAUUGUUGACCCUAGUGUUCUCAAAGUAUGUGGUAAUAGUGUCACUGCAUAAUGUGUUGCACUAAUGUUGUGCUCUACAAAUGUUGGUAAACAGUAUGAUGUACAGCAUUAGUCAACACUGCUGUACCAGUGUUUGUAUACACUGCUGUAUCAGUGUUUGUAUACACUGCUGUACCAAUGUUUGUAUACUGCAUGUUGUACCAAUGUUUGUUUACAGUGUGUUGUACCAAUGUUGUAAACUGUAAGUUGUAAAGCAUUUGUUAACACUGAUGAGGUCCAUGUGGUUCUAAUAUUAAAAUUUGUAACCAUUAAUAUCUGUAACAGUGUGGAUAAACAGUGUGUUGUUUCAGUGUGUAUAAAUGAUGUGCUGUACCAGUGUGCAUAAAUCGUGUGUUGUUACAGUGUGUAUAAAUGAUGUGCUGUACCAAUGUGGAUAAACCGUGUGUUGUUUCAGUGUGUAUAAAUGAUGUCCUGUACCAGUGUGGAUAAACCAUGUGUUGUUUCAGUGUAUAUAAAUGAUGUGCUGUACCAGUGUGGAUAAACCGCAUGUUGUUUCAGUGUGUAUAACUGAUGUGCUGUACCAGUGUGGAUAAACCAUGUGUUGUUUCAGUGUGUAAAAAGGAUGUGCUGUACCAGUGUGGAUAAACAGUGUGUUUUAUCAAGUGUAUAUAAACAGUGGGUUACAUCGGUGUUUUUACACAUGGUCCUGGUGUUAGUACAGGUAGGCCUACUUAUAUUUCUACCCAUUUUGCAGAAGAGCAAGACCUGUCCAUAUUUUGGCUGAUAUGUACCUAUGUAAAUAUUAGGUAUAACUUAUGACUCACGCACAAUGGAGCUAUUAUCUAUUGUGGGAUAGCAAUAACCUCAGGGUGGUGUUUACUUUAUCAGCUGUAUGACAUUGUUAGAUGAUUUAUACAUUGCCAAACAGGUUCCUGUAAUUUAAUAUGUUUUAGAGAUGGUGAAGUUAAGUGAAGUAAAAUUAAAAUGAAUAAUAAAGAUAGGAAGUACCAUUUAUGUUGUACAUUGCCAUUGAUGAUGAGGACAGGGUUAAGAUUUGUUUGAUGAAAUGUAUUGCUUAUUGUUCUCUAUAUAGUGGAGUGUCUGUGUGUUUGUGGGGCUUUCUACCUCGCGAAGUGUGUGUCUCUUUGUGGGGGUCAACAACAGCUUCCUGUAGCAAGUUGCAGCCAACUAUCGCAGACCAGCAAUUUAGUGAAACAGAGUUUAGAUACAAUUUACCAAGGGAGUCGAGCUGGUGGCUUUGUUAGAUGAUCAAAGGGUGGGGUAGGGGGGGAGGGGGGUGACUGUGCAUGUCACCCAUAUAAAUAAAGAGUUUAUAAAUAUAAAGAAGUUGAAUUACUGCAAUUUUAAGACAUUCAUCUUGUAAAUAAUUUUAGUACCAUCCAAAGCACCCCCCCCCCUCCCGUGUCAAGUGAUACCAAGUAUCAUUUGGUACAAUUAUAUCCUCAGGUGUCAAGUGAUACCAAGUAUCAUUUGGUACAAUUAUAUCCUCAGGUGUCAAGUGAUACCAAGUAUCAUUUGGUACAAUUAUAUCCUCAGGUGUCAAGUGAUAAAAAAUACCCGUCAGAGGCAACUCCAACCACAUCACAAGGGCAGCUGGUCAUCUUGUCAUCUACAGAUCAGCAGCAGACAGCUGAAUUCCAGCAAGAUGAGCAGCGGACCCAGUCAUCUUCAGCACCGCCCGAUUUGGUAUCAGAGCCCAAAAGAGAGUCCAGGGGUGGUCAGAUACGUGACCGAAGGCCAACUCGCUCCCUGGAAGCUUUGUUCAAGGUGAUUGGAAUAGUUGUUAUCUGUGGCCUACCCAGAGAGUCGGGAAGGGGUGACACCCCCCCCCCCCUCCGGGGCAUCACUUUUGGGAUUUAUAUAUUAGAUGAUGUAAUUGACUUCUGUCAGUGUGUCAGGGGGCACACAUUUGGGACUAUGCCCCCACGUGUCAUUUUAGUCAAGAUAACCCACUGGUUGUUAUUGGUGUUGGUGUACAAAUUAUUUUAGUGCUCCAGGAUAACUGCACAUGGGAAACACAUUUUGUAGAGAGGGUCCAUUAUAGUUUGAAGUUUUUAUAAAAAAAAAACAACAACUUUGAAUUAAUAAUACAUGUUAUUAGGUUUCUAUAAAUAUACACAUUGAAAUAAUAAUAAUAUUAGGUAAAUGCACAUGGAUUUCAUAAGAUGAGGUAAAUAGUAAUUGAAUUAAUAAUGUUAAGGUUUCCAUAGAAAUAAACAUUGAAUGAAUAUAUUAGGUUCAUAUAAUGGUGCACUCAGAAACAAAUCAAAUUAGCUUAAGAAGUACAUGCAAUGUGAAUGAUUUAUUUUGGCUGUAUUUUAUUGAAGUCUGCAUAUAUAUCAACUAGGGUUUAAGGUUCAAGGUCAUACGUCUAAACUAGGUCAUCAAUCUUAUAUUUUCCCAUUGUAGUUCUUUAAAAAAAUUCAUUCAAAUUUAAUUUGUAGAAAUAAUUCUGUAUGUCACAAGAUCAAUAACAUUUACAUUAAAAAAAUCUUCAAUACAAUUUAAGGCUUGUAAUUUUCUGAAAGUUAUUAAGUCUUUUCACACGUUUGAAUAUUUUAAUAAAUCUUUCUGAUGGAUGUCUGUACCUGUGUGGUUAGAUUAUUUUUUUGCUACCCAUAUUUCAUUAUAUACAUCUAUUUGUCUAUAUACAUGUCUCUCUAUAUAUAAAUAUACCCAUUUGUUAAAAAACUGUCUAAACCUUUAGUAAAAAAUUUUUUAUGGUACCCAUCUAUAGGUUACAGACUCAGAGUUACAAAAUAUGAGAGAAGACCCACCAACAUCAACCCCCAGUCCAGCACCUGUUAAUGUGACAACCGAGCAAACACAAAGCUACAUCGUCCUCAAUGACCUG